AUGUCGAAACAAAAGCUCAAUUUGAAUGAUUUCAUGACUCAGAAGCCAAGCAGUCUACCAAGUGCACCACGUUCAACCUACGAUGAGGAGCAACAAGGUGGUGGUAGCAGUGGUGGAUAUGGAAGAGACAACUACAGCGGUGGUGGUAGCGGUGGUGGAUACCGUCAACGUUACAACUCACCAUCCGGUCCAUCAUCAUCAUCAUUUGGUCCAUCUGAUUCUCAACCAAAGAAAACAGUAGUACCAGAGGAAGAUGAUUUCCCAGCUUUGGGUAUGCAGGCAAAGCCAAAGAAGGCACCAACUGGUGAGAAGAGACGUGACUCUCCACAACAGGGUGGUGGUUCUAGAAACGAUCCAUUUGGAGGUGCUCGUCCAAGAGAUUCACCAGUCCAAGGUGGUGAUGACAAUGAGUCACCAAAGGGUGGAGUCGAAGGUGGAGACAGAGAAAACACCGACCAAGAAGAGAGAAGAUCAACCGACAGAGACGGUGGUGAGAGAAGACAAUACGAUAACAACAGAGGUGGUUACGGUGGUGAGAGAAGACAAUACGACAACAGAGGUGGAUACGGUGGUGAGAGAAGACAGUACGACGGUGACAGAGACAACAGAGGUGGAUACGGUGGUGGUGGUGAGAGAAGACAAUACGAUGGCGACAGAGACAACAGAGGUGGAUCACCAUUCAACUUCUCCAGAAGAAACAACAACUACAACAACGAUCGUGAAGGUGGUGAGAGAAGACAGUAUGACGACAACAGAGGUGGAUACGGUGGUGAGAGAAGACAAUACGACGGUGACAGAGACAACAGAGGUGGAUACGGUGGUGGUGGAGAGAGAAGACAAUACGACGACAACAGAGGUGGAAACCCAUUCGGUGGAAACAGAUACUCUAGAGACGGUCAAAGAGAUGGUCAGAGAGACGGUCAAAGAGACGGUCCAAGAAACUUUGAAGACAGACCACCACGUGAAAGCAAGGUCGACGGUUUGGACAGCUGGAGAAGCGGUGAAUCCGUAGAGACCAACGCCUUCAAGAAGGGUGGUGGUGAGAGAAGAGGUGGUGGUUCCGGUGGAUACGAAAGAAGAGGAGGAUUUAACAACGAACACAGAGGUGGUGACCGUGACAACUACCGUGGUGGUGACCGUGGAGGUUACUCACAAAGAGAUAACAGACCACCAGCAUCAUCCGAUGAUGCCCCAAGAAACGAUGAGUAA